AUGGAGCUGCAGAUUCGGGGUCUCCUCCUGACCAUCUUUGCGGCCUGUAUUGGUGGCACCUUCCAGUAUGGCUUGAACCUGACGAUCAUUAAUGCACCAACUCAGUUUGUCCAGAAGUUCAUCAAUGAGACCUGGACCAAACGCUACAACACACAGCUGGAGAACAGGGUCAUUACAUUUUUCUGGACCCUUAUCGUGGCCACUUACUCUGUUGGAGGACUGGUUGGGGCUCUUAUUGCUGGACCCAUGGCCAUAACAUUUGGAAGGAGGAAUUCACUGUUACUGAGCAAUGUUUUUGUGCUCAUUGGUGCGUUGCUGAUGGGGCUGAGCAGAACAGCCAAAUCCUUUGAGAUGAUCAUAAUUGGAAGAUUCUUUUCUGGAGUAAACUCAGGCGUGGGAUUCAACAUUAAUCCCUUGUAUCUCGGUGAGAGUGCUCCAAAGGAGAUCCGUGGGACAGUGGCCCUCUCAUUUGCUCCAUUUACUGCAGCAGGAUUGGUGGUGGGACAGUUCAUAGGACUGAGAGAGAUUUUGGGCUCAGAUGAGUGGUGGCCUCUGUUGCUGGCGUCCUGCGCUGUGCCAGCCCUGAUCCAGCUGGCCAUGCUUCCAUGGUGCCCGGAGAGUCCCAGGUACCUGCUCAUCGACAGGAAAGAUGAGAACUCCUGCGUGAAGGCUCUGAGAAGGCUGCACGGCAAUAUCGACAUCACGGCAGAAAUGGACAAAAUGCUGGAGGAGCAGGCUGUGCUUGAAGGUCAAAGGACAAAGAGAAUCUGGGAGCUGUUCCAGGACAGAGCCGUCCGGUGGCAGAUGAUCAUAACCUUUCUGCUGGGCAGUGCCUUCCAGUUAUGUGGCAACGAUGCUAUGUAUUACUACGCUGUAUAUGUGUUCCGUGCUGUAGGAAUUCCGGAUGAAAAGAUCCAGUAUGUCACUAUUGGAACUGGGUGCUGUGAGUUCACUACCUCGUUGACAAGUAAUCUGUUCAUUGACCGGACUGGGCGCAAGGUGCUGCUUAUGGGGGGCUAUAGUCUGAUGGCUGCUUGUGGAAUAUUGUUCACCAUCUCCUUGACUCUUCAGGACAAGAUCAGUUGGGCACCGUUCCUCAGCAUGGCCUGUAUCUUUGCAUCGAUCUUAAGCUUUGGAAUUGGCCCGGCUGGUGUGUCUGCAGUCAUCCCGAUGGAAAUCUUCGACCAGACUGCACGGCCAGCCGCCUACAUGACCAUUGGCUCCCUGUUCUGGAUAACCCUCAUUAUAGUUGGUCUGACUUUUCCAUUUCUUGUUGCACAGACCAAAUGUGUACCUUCCAGUUGCCCACACCCACACUGGAGGACUGAAGACUCACCCAGUCACCAUUCCAUUGAAGAUUUACCCAGUCAUUAUUCCAUUGAAGAUUCACCCAGUCACAAUUCCAUUGAAGACUCACCCUGUUGCAAUUCCAUUGAAGAUUCACCCAGUCGCCAUUCCAUUGAAGAUUCACCCUGUCACUAUUCCAUUGAAGAUUCACCCAGUCACCAUUCCAUUGAAGAUUUACCCAGUCACUGGCAAUUUGUCACUCAGUGUCACACUCUUAAUAUUGAAGCUCUGGGCAGUUUCUGCUAUAUGCCAUUUCUCUCAUUCAGCUUACUUGCGGCUAUUUUCAUUGGAUGUUUCCUGCCAGAAACAAAAGGGAAAACCUUUUUGGAAAUUUCUCAGAUAUUUCACAGGCGCAACUUUAAGACUCAACUGGAAGAAUCGUCAGCAAGUUCCUGAAAGCCAAGAGAGAAAGAUAAUGUCAUGAGCACCAAACAGAUAACUGUAUUAAUAGUAUCAUUGUGUGACAUCCUUUGUCAACUGGCCUCUCCUUUCUCUUUAGUGUCUGCUUUUCUUCACUUGCAUGGGAGAAAAGAAAUGAAUAUUGAAAUAUUUUGCAUUUUUUCCAUGUUGAUGUUAGGAAGCUGAUGCUUCAGGACUGGUUGAGGAGGACAUUAAUUAUGCAAAAUGAUUUUAAAAAUGUAACCAUUUAGUUCAAUAAUAAUAAAAAAAAUUCUCCAC